AUGCCCACUUUGAUGGAACCAGAGGAACUAGAUCCCGGUCUUUUUCUGGAGCUACCUUGGCUUGUGGUUAGAGAAAUUCUCUCUUAUGUUCCUAGAGAAUACAUUUCAGACGCAUUCUUGAAAGUGCCAUGGCUACGAGAACGACUCAUCGAAGAGUACUACGGUGAACUUCACUUCAUCCUCACGCCCUUGAAACGGCCACAUUCUUGUUAUUAUGACAGAUCAGAGCUCAUAGACAUUAGCAGCUAUGGUGAAAUAUCGUCCUUUUUGGAUGAAAACCCUGACAUCGUUCCACAUACGGUUCGAGUUAUGACAUCAAUGGAUUUCAUCUCGAUGCGAUCGCUUUUAACUGAUUACAGAGAUCGCUUUGAAAGGAUCCCGAAUCUUCACCUCGAGAUAAUGGGUCACCAUUUUACUGAGGACUGCUUCGAGUUUAUCCAAUCCUUUGGCAACUUGAAGAAGCUUCAGCUCACGGGGCCUGUUUUAGACGAUAUCAGCGAUAUGAGUACAACUUUUGCUCAAUUGAACUCCCUAGAGACUCUAGUUAUACUAGGGCAUAAGAUUCGAGACUGGAGUGGUGUCGCUCUUCCCAAAAGUCUCAAACAUCUAGAUAUUUCGUGGAUGAAUAGGUGCAAUGUGACAACAAUCGACAUACCACCCAAUGUUGAGGAAAUUUAUUGGAAUGAUGCGGGACUCACCUCUUCAAGACUAUCAGCUGUUGACUUUCCCUCAUGCAUAUCGACACUUGUGAUCACCGAGGGCAAAAUUGAAUGUUUGAAACUCUCCCAAUUGCCUAGAUCUUUGAAGUGUUUGGAGAUCUCAAGAUCACAAUUGAGGGAUUUCUCAUGUGAUGAGGUAUCCGAUCAGUGGCCACUAUCGCUAGAGACGUUGAUCUUGAGUAGAAAUCGUAUUCACAACGGUUCUCUCGAUCAACUUAGCGAAACAAGACUCCCCCCUGGUUUACAGAUUUUGAAGCUCGACGGCAAUCUCAUCAGCCAUGUAUAUCAUCUAAGGCAUUUACCGGAUUCUUUAAAGCUAUUGGACAUUUCUAAGAAUCCUCUCCAAAAUUUGGAAGACCCUACCAACUAUGAUGGGUACCUAUACUAUCGUUUCCCACGCGACUUGGAGAUUCUCAAUUUGUCAGAAUGCAUCCAUGCGGGUCCAGCUCGCUAUGGCACCUCUUUGGUGUUACCAUCUGAGCGUAUCAGGUUGCCAUCCACACUUCAAGAGCUUGAUUUAAGUGGAAAUCUCAACUACAGGUUUGAGGCGUUCUUGCUCCCUGAGUCUCUCAGAAGACUCUCUAUGAUAUGCUCAGGCAUUCGGAGUUUGUCAAAGUAUGACUUUACAUUUGAGGAUGGUCUUCCGAAUACCGAGGUACCUGUGGCGUGGGCAGAUCUCAAAAAUCUUGUUUCACUCGACGUCUCAGCUAACGUUAUUAGCACACUCGAUGGAUGGACUCCUCCGCCAAAUCUUGUUCUGCUUGACCUAGCCUCGAACAGAUUGAAAGAGAUAUCUUCAAAUUCCUCCCUCUUCAACAAGAAGAUUAAUCUACGGUUCCAGCACCUUCAACGUCUCAACUUAUCUAACAAUGAGAUUGAGUCAAUCGACGACCUGGCUCAUUUCCCACCUAAUGUGGUAUUCGUGAACCUUGAAAAGAACAACCUUACUCAGUUUAUUUUCACUGAUGGGAUGUUGAACAGCAAAAUGCUAUGUUCUCUCAACUUGGCGGGAAACGGAAUCGAGCACAUUGGAGCUAAAACAGCAAAGAAAGCCACUUUAAGGGAGUUCGACUUAUCACUCGCAGGCCGAGAUAGACCCGCUCGACUGAUUCAUCCAGAUAGUCUCUAUGAAGUGUUGGACAAUUUGGGUUUGAAAACGACACGUAGAAAACGAAACACUCGAUCCAUGCAUCAGUUUUUAUAG